AUGGAGUUGCGUAAAUACCUGUUGUGCCUGGGGUUCCUCCUCCUUUUUAAAGAGUUGUGUCAGUGUUUCAACAUAGAUGUAAAGCAUCCACGCAUCUUCACGGGUCCAGAGGACGCGCUGUUUGGCUUUUCUGUUUUACAGCAUGAAGUGGAUGGAGAGAAGUCAAUGCUGGUUGGUGCCCCCUGGGAUGGGCCGCCCAACAACAGGAAAGGAGACGUGUAUAAAUGCAUUGUGGGAGAGGAGAGGAACUCAAACUGCAGGAAAGUGAAUCUAGGUGAGACUGCUCUUCAGAACGUUUCCAAAAACCUGAGGAAUUCUCACCUGGGAAUGACCCUCACUCCAGACUCACCUGAUGGCUUCCUGGCAUGUGCCCCGCUGUGGUCUCAGGAGUGUGGUACGUCUAUGUUCAGCACUGGUAUCUGUGCCUCUGUCAGCGAUGACCUAGAACCACGGGAGACCAUCGCUCCAACAGCGCAAAGGUGCUCCACAUACAUGGACAUCGUGAUCGUGCUGGAUGGCUCCAACAGUAUCUACCCCUGGUAUGAGGUCCAGAACUUCCUCAGCAACAUCCUCAGCAAGUUCCACAUCAGCUCGGACCAGAUGCAGGUUGGUAUACUUCAGUAUGGCGAGGUAGCAGUCCACGAGUGGUCUCUGAAGGACUACCAGACCACACAGGAGGUGGUAGAGGCUGCCAAGAACAUCAGCCGUCAAGAGGGACGAGAGACACGCACUGCAUACGCCAUCCACAUGGCCUGCACAGAGGCGUUCAGCGCUGAGCGUGGAGCGAGGGAGGGCGCCACCAAGGUGAUGAUCGUAGUCACAGAUGGAGAGUCACACGAUGGGGAGGAGCUACCAGACGCUCUGACGGAGUGCGAGAACAGAAACAUUACGAGAUACGCCAUUGCUGUUCUGGGUCAUUACAUCCGUCGUCAGCAGGACCCUGAGACGUUCAUUAAUGAGAUCAAGUAUAUCGCCAGCAACCCUGAUGACAAAUACUUUUUCAACGUGACUGAUGAAGCCGCGCUCAAUGACAUUGUGGAUGCCCUGGGAGACCGCAUCUUCACUCUGGAAGGCACACUGGGCUACAAUGAGAGCUCCUUCCACAUGGAGAUGUCUCAGAUCGGCUUCUCCACACACAUGCUGGAUGAUGGCAUUCUGUUUGGGAUGGUUGGUGCCUAUGAUUGGGAUGGUGGAGUGCUGAAGGAGGGGACCAAUGGACGCAUCAUGCCGCCUAGAGAGGCUUUUGAGAGCGAGUUUCCACUGGAGCUCAAAAAUCAUGCUGCUUAUUUAGGCUACACGGUGUCAUCUGUGAUAGUUGGUGACUGGAGGAGACUGUAUGUAGCUGGGGCUCCCCGCUUCAAACACAAAGGCAAAGUCAUCCUGUUUGAACUCAGUAAUGAAGGCGAUGUCAACAUUGUACAGGCCCUCAAUGGAGAACAGAUUGGAUCCUACUAUGGCAGUGAGGUGUGUGGGCUGGAUAUCGACCAGGAUGGCAUCACUGAUGUCCUUCUGGUUGCUGCACCAAUGUACCUCGGCUCAGGAAACAAGGAGGCCGGUAGAGUCUACAUCUACACCCUCAGUGGGGAAGAGGUGUUUGUGUUAAAUGGUACUCUGAAGUCAGAGGAAAAGUCCCAGGAUGCCAGGUUUGGUUAUGCACUGGCAGCCACUCCUGACCUCAACCAUGACAACUUCACUGACCUGCUGGUUGGAGCCCCGUUGGAGGACGAGCACAGGGGGGCCAUCUAUGUCUACCAUGGAGACGGUAUUUACAUCAACCACAAUUAUAAGCAGCGUAUUCCAGGGUCAUCGAUUUCUCCCUCCCUGCAGUAUUUUGGCCGCAGUGUGAGUGCUCGGUUGGACUUGGAUGGAGAUGAGCUAAUAGACUUGGCAGUGGGAGCGCAGGGCAGUGCUGUGCUGCUCAGCUCUCGAAGCAUAGUCCAGAUCAAUGUGAGUCUGUCCUUCCAACCGCACUCCAUCAACGUCAUUCAGAAGACCUGCCAGAGGGGUGGCAGAGAAUCAGCCUGUCUGAAUGCCACUGCCUGCUUCACUGCUGUCUCCCGCUCCCCUGGACCACAUAGCAACAGCUUUGAUCUGUGGGUGUCAGCGAUGUUGGAUGACAGGAAGUUGUCUGCCCGGGCCCUGUUUGAUGACAGCUCCCACAGACAGACUCAGCUGGCAGUCCGAGUUCACACAGGACAAACUCUCUGCUACAAACUGCCUUUCCAUGUCUAUGACACAGCAGAUUACAUCCGUCCAAUCAGCUUCUCGCUGCGGUUUAAGAUCAACAACACUGAGAGCGGUCCGGUGUUGGAUGAAGGCUGGCCAACCACUGUCAAGAAAUCUAUCCCGUUCUUUAAAGACUGUGGUGAGGAUGACGUGUGCACCACAGACCUGGUGCUGCAGGCUCAUAUGGACAUCUCUGGGACGAGACAGAAGCCUUAUGUGAUUCGCAGCCCUCGUAGGCGUCUGGCGGUGGAGGUACAGCUCCAGAACAGACUGGAAAACGCCUACAACACCAGCCUGACGCUGCACUAUUCACGCAACCUGCACUUCUCCAGCCUCAGCAUUCGGGAGGAUGCCCACUUUAAGAUUGAGUGUACAGCGCUUGGUGCUAACAGCCACUCGUGUAAUGUGAGCUAUCCAGUAUUUCGCUCCCAGUCAAAGGUCAACUUCAUGUUGGAAUUUGAGUUCAGCUGCACAUCUUUGCACAAUCGAGUCCAGAUGAAGCUCAAUGCUGCCAGUGACAGCGUGGAGAGAGAGGAUACUCUGGGGGACAACAGUGUUCAGCUACAGAGUUUUGUUCAGUAUGAACCAGACCUCUUUGUCAGCAGUGACUCUAAUUUGAACCGAUACGAGGUUCAUCCCACUCGAACAGUGUCAGAGGCAAUAGGACCAGAGUUCUACACGCACCUCAGGCUGCAGAACCUCGGCUGUUACGCUGUGAGUAAUUUGGAGUUGAGGCUGCAUCUGCCCUCUGUGGCUGCAGGAGACAGUGUCUUCAUGACUAUCACUGAUGUCUUCUCAUACAACGCUACAGGAGUGAACUGCAGCGUGCUGAGUGAUCUGGCCCAGCUGAAGGCCAGACAGAGAGACGUACGACCCCUUCAUCCUGAAGACAUGAUGCAGAAUGACAUACUGAAUUGUAGCAGGUCGUGGUGCACAGAGGUUGUGUGUGAAGUCCAGCAACUUCUGAGAGGGCAGGCUGCUGUCAUUCGCGUCAGCCGCAGAGUGCACGAUGACUUUUUCAGAAAAGCCAAAUAUAAGUCAGUGAGGAUAAUAGGAGCCUAUCGCCUCACAGCUCAGGAGACUAACCUCAUCACUCUGGACACAGGAACAGUCUGGAGGGAGACUGUACUGGAAGUGCUAAAGGGCCGAGCUAUUCCCAUCUCGCUCUGGAUUCUGAUCGGCAGCAUCAUUGGAGGUUUACUGCUACUGGCCCUCAUCAUUUUCGCACUGUGGAAGCUGGGGUUCUUCACACGCAAACACAGAGGAGAGGAUGAAAACCAUGAGGACUGAGCCCAACAUUUGCUGCCACGACAACAGUCAUUUACUAUGACAACUACCACAUGAGCCGAGUCCACUUCCCACCAGGCACACAGAUAGUCCUGGGACUGGACUCGUGACACAGAUGCAACAGGGACCUUCAGGACCAAAGAAAGCAU